AAGUUCCUCGUUGUUUCUGUGCCACUUGUGUUCUGGACAGUGACGGUGACAGCUCCAUCCGCACUUUGCUGAACUCGCCGAGCGCUGAAGGGUUUUUUCCCCUGGGACACGACCACAGGCUCACACCAGAGGCCUCAGAGGACGAACGAUGGGGCGCUUUGCUGUCAUGGCCGCCGUCUUUCUGUUGGGAUGCAGCCUCCUUUCAGCUGCAGACACUGACACCUGUAAAGUCUACGCUGCGGUUGGAAAGAACCUGACUUUGUCUUUUGAAUUGUCUUACAAGCUGUCGAGCAGAGAUGGGCUGAAGUGGACUCAUAACGGAACAACAGUUUAUUGGAGAGACUCCUCAGGCUUGAUUUAUUUGAUGGCCGACAGCGUCUCUUCUACAGGAUCUCUGCUCCUGAACAACCUGCAGUUCUCAUCCGCAGGCUUUUACGAAGCAACAGUGUCGAAUCCGAGCCAGCGUGAAACUAAAAUAUGGAGUGGUCGUGUUUGUGUGGUGGACGCCGUAACGAAGCCUCAGCUCACUUACGACUGUGACUUCAAGGCUGGUGCUGUUGUUCUAAACUGCAAAGCACCCAGUCCUCAGGCUUUGCUCUUUUCCUGGACGCUCGGUACAACUUUGUUACAAAAGGAGAUGGGACAAACGCUGCGUUUACCUCUGGAGCGGCUGAAAGGAGGAAGCGUCGCAUGCGUCGUGAACAACAAGGCCAGCGGCGCCAACAGCGACGCCGUUCUGCCGGUCUGUAAGAGCCCGACGCCACCGCCGCGGGUGCCGGCUCCGGGUCCGGGUCAGGUGUGUUUACCGCUCAAAACGUUUGGCGCGAUGUUGGUGGGAGGAGCGGGUCUGGUUCUGGUCCUGCUCAUCGUCAUCAUCGUGUUGUGCUGUCGCCACAAACGGACCGGAGCCCAAAUGAGGUCUGGGAAUAAAGCGGAGCUGAGGCUGACUUCUGUGAACAAGCAGGAGCUGGGCUCCAUCGGCCCAGACUACGAGACCAUGCCCGCCAGCGAGGACUACCCGUGCCCGAGCCCCAGGCCUUCGCCCAGAGCCUGCAAGAACACGGCCGAGGCUCAACAGAAGCCUCUGCUGGCGGCGCCAGCGGAGGAGGAACAGAAACCUUCACCGGUGCCGAAGCCGAGGACCAAGCUCACGCAGACACCGGACGCCUGAACAAACAGCGCAGACACAGAUCCACUUAAAUGUGACCUCCAACCUCGCGACACGCUGCUGUUACUGAUCCUUCCACAUGUGAAGUCAUCGUAACCCAGUAAAGAUAAAGGCUGAUGCUGUUCUUCUGUUCAACCUAUGCCCCGGUCGACUGCGUCGGGACGGCUGGAAACUACAACGAUGUGUCUGACGAUCAGGAACUGAGUCACUCAGUUCAAGGCUGUGAACUGUGAAAAAAAGCCGUGUGUGAACUAACAGUCAGACUUCAAUUUGUUCAUUAGCUACGUGUUUGAUGUUGAUGUUAAGAAUUGCCUGCUUAUUCAAGAAUAUGAAAUAUGUCAAACAGAAAUGACCUUUGACCCCUCGUGUUACAUUGCAUGUUUAUGUGUUUGAUUUGGGACGAAUGCUUGAAAAAUGAGCACAUGUGUCAGAUUUGUGAGUAAAACUGUAAUAAAUGUGUGUGGAACACGCCUCUCUGCUCCAGCUUCUUACA